AUGCGUUCCCUCACUUGGCUCUGCACUAUGGCAGGCCUUGUAGGUUCUGUUGUAUCUCAAACCGCCAUUACCGUCGAUGUUGGGACAAAAUAUCAAGAAAUCCAUGGGUUCGGCAUUUCUCAAGCUUUUGGCCGCGCAAAAGAAUUCCAAAACGCCAACUCGAUUGCGCAAAAGUCGGCACUUGACUACCUGUUCAACAAAGAUUCUGGUGCGGGCUUUAGCAUCAUUCGCAACCGCAUUGGAUCUGGUGGCUCUGGAGAUUCCAUCGAACCCAACAGUGUUAAAUCGCCAUCGACCGCACCGUCCUACGUCUGGGAUGGAAAUGAUUCUGGUCAACUAUGGUUCACUAAGCAGGCUGUGAGCUAUGGUGUGAAAACCAUCUACGCCGACGCAUGGGGGUCACCAGGAUGGAUGAAAACGAGCGGAAGCGACUCUUCGCCUGGGUACCUUUGCGGAACUACCGGGCACACCUGUUCCUCGGGGGAUUGGCGCCAGGCAUAUGCCAACUUCCUUGUCAAGUAUGUGAAGCUGUACGCAGCUGCAGGCUACAACAUCACGCAUUUGGGUUUUCUCAACGAACCGGACUUUGAACCCAGCUACAGCCAGAUGCAGAUCAGCGACAACGCUCAGGAGGCCAUCAGCUUCAUUCCGACGCUCUACAAGGCGGUUCGAAGCGCCGGGCUCAGUACCAAGAUCGUUUGCUGCGACGCCACUGGGUGGAAUAAACAGAGCCAGUACACAACUGCACUGGUCAAUGCUGGCUCGACCAAGUACCUCGACGUCAUCACGUCGCAUUCGUACAGUUCUGAUGCGAAAAGUCCUCUGAGCCAGACAUCACGACCAAAAUGGAAUACAGAGGGUGGCCCUGGCAGCAUUGACUAUACUACCACUUGGUAUAGUAGUGGAGCGGCUAAUGAGGGUUUCACCUGGGCUCAGAAACUUGCUGCCGCCAUGAUUGAUGCCAAGCUCUCGGCUUACCUAUUUUGGGAAGGCUUUGAGGUUGGUCAGCCAAAGAGUUCUAGUCACUUGCUUGAUGCUCUGGACGGUAAGACGGUUACGCCGUCUGGCAUUUACUGGGCUUUUGCUAUGUGGUCCCGAUAUAUUCGCCCUGGUGCGUAUCGGGUCUCCACGUCAGGAACCGUGGCGAGUGUUAGCGUUGGAGCUUUUCAAAACAGUGAUAAAUCUGUUGUGUUGCUGUUUACCAAUUCUGGUUCGGCGACUCAGAAGGUGAAGGCGUCGUUUAAUGGGUUCACACCAAAGAAAUCUGCGGCCUACAUCACGAACAACAGCGGGAAAUUCGCAAGCACUAACUCUCAGCUUUCGGGUGGUGCUGUUACUAUUUCCGUGCCUAGCAAAUCAGUCGUUACUGUCAAGUUGAGUUAG